UUAGUUCUAUAUUUCCGGUCAGCAAGAGUAGGCUAAGAAAUUUUUGUGGGUGGCCUGAGAACCUAAUUACUUUAUGUGUGGAAAUUGUUUUUAUGAUAAAAUCCUCAUUUGUAUUCUAAGCCAAUUGAUUUACCACCUUUGGAUCUCUGUGUCUUUAAAGAGACUUGCCAUAUGUUUUAUGUUUUAUUUCCCCAGAAUUCCACAGCGGAUUGCAGGACAUUGUAUAUAAGGCUCAGUACAUGUUGACUCUUUAACUGGUGUGUCAGAGAUGGUUUCAUCAAUGAAGGUAUUUGGGAAAGACACUGCUGAUCCUGUAACAUGGAGGAUUGCCUUCAUACCUCAUCUGAGAAUCUGUCCAAAUUGGUCAGCUGGGCCCACAGCCAUGGGACUAUUUGCAGCCUCAUUCCUAACCUGAAACACUUGCUUUCUGAAGGUUCCCAUGGGAACCUGACGGCAAUGUGGGGCUGUAGUGCUGGCCAUGCUUAUCAUUGGCCACUGACAGCUACUUGCAGAGCUGGGUCCCAAGAAAGGGUCUGUUUCCAGGAUAACAGAAGUUUUAACUCUGAUAGUCCCAGUAUAAUCGGAGUGCCCUCUGAGACACAAACUAGCCCAGUUGAAAGGUAUCCUGGGAGACCAGUGAAAGCGAAGCUAGACUGUAAUCGGACCAGAGACUCUUGUGACUUCUCUUAUUGCAGUGAGCCCUCGGAGCUGGACGAAGCUGUUGAAGAAUAUGAAGAUGAAAACACCCUCUUUGACAUGGUUUGUGAGUCUUCUGUUACAGAUGAGGAUAGUGACUUUGAACCCCAAACCCAAAGGCCUCAAAGCAUUGCUCGAAAAAGGCCUGGCAUAGUUCCGUCUUCUCUCCAUUCAGGCUCCCAGGCUCAGAUGAUUGAUGAAUGCAGCAGUGAUGUCAUCAUCAAGAAAAUCAAACAAGAGAUUCCAGAAGAUUAUUACAUCGUGGCAAAUGCAGAGCUGACUGGAGGAAUAGAUGGACCAGCCCUUUCCUUGACUCAGAUGGCAAAACCCAAGCCUCAGACUCAUGCUGGUCCCUCCUGUGUAGGGUCUGCUAAGCUAAUUCCCCAUGUAACAUCUGCCAUCAGCACAGAGCUAGACCCACAUGGUGUGUCUGCAUCCCCCUCUGUGAUGUCCAGACCAGUUGUCCAGAAGACUGCCAGGGCAUCUCUGGCCUCACCAAACAGAGGACCCCCUGGUGCUCAUGGCACCAACCAGCAGGUGGCCAUGCAGAUGCCCGUGAGCACAUCCCAUCCUAACAAACAGAUCAGCAUCCCUUUGUCUGCCCUGCAGCUGCCUGGACAGGAUGAGCAAGUUGCUUCUGAAGAGUUCCUGCCCCACCUGCCCAGCCAGGUCUCCUCCUGUGAGGUAGCCCUUUCUCCCUCAGUUAACACAGAGCCAGAAGUGAGCUCCAGUCAGCAGCAGCCCCCAGUUGCUCCAUCCAUAACCACUGAGGCCAUGGCACAGUGCAUACCAGACCAGGAUGAAAGAGCAGCUGAGCUCAGCAGGGAGCAGAAUGAGAAAACCAUCCGGAGCACGCAGACUGCGCUCCGCAAUUUCCGCGAGUUCCUUAUCUCCAAGUAUCCUUCUGAAACAAGAGAGAUUUAUGUCAUCCCUUGUAAGGAGUUGGAUGCCUACCUCGCCUCUUUCUUUGUGGAUGCCAGGCAAAAGGAUGGGUCCGAAUAUGAACCCAACAGCUUGGCCAAUUACCAGUGUGGACUGGAACGGUACCUGAAAGAACACAGGUAUGGCUACAGCAUCACCAGGGAUAAGGAGUUCAAGCGUUCCCAGGAGGCCCUGAAACAGAAGCAAAUUGAACUCCGCUGCAAAGGGAAAGGAAAUAAGCCACACAAGUCCAUGAAGCUCACCUUCGCCGAUGAGCUCAUUCUGCGGAAGAGGGGACUGCUCAGCCGAUAUAACCCUGAGGGUCUGCUCAACCUUGUCUGGCUCAACAACACAAAAGCUUUUGGGCACUGCACAGGCUUCCAUGGAUCUACCUUAAAGUGGGGCGAUAUCCGGCUCCGGGUAACAGAAACGGGGCUGGAGUACUUAGAAUGGAUGGGUCAAGACACCGGUGACCUGAAUGCCAAAACCAAGAGAGGGGGGACAGACUCCCGGGUGUAUGCCACCCAGCACGCCCCGCAGACGUGCCCCGUUCAGGACUAUAAGGAGUAUGCCCAGCGGCGGCCUCCUGCCAUGCGCUACGAAGAUGCCCCUUUCUACUUGUCCAUCAAACCAGUUGUGAACUUGGCAGCUCUGCAUUGGUACAACUGCCAGGCCCUUGGCAAGAACAAGCUGGCCAAGAUGGUGAAGACCAUGUGUGAGAAGGGCAACAUCCCUGGCAGGAAAACCAACUUCAGUGUGUAUCAGAGCUGCAGCACCUUGUCGGAGGCCCAGAGCAACCAGCUGGUGCUUAUCUGUAACAAUCUGAGCCAGCAGGCGGCCCAGUCCGUGGCUGGGCACUCCAACAGUGGCAAUUUUAUCGUCUCCGCCUCCUAUGACUCUUCCUCAGAUACUGCUUGACCAGGUGGCUUGAACAAGACCCCAGUGUGGUUACUGUGUCCAGAGAAACUGUGAUUAUACACUGCUUCUCGAUCCCUUUCCUCUACCCUCAGUGUUAACUUUAUAAAAAUAUAUAUAAUAUAUUUUUCUUUUUACAAAUAAGCCAAUGGAGAUAGUUUAGUAUUACUAACAUAGUAUUUAUAGGCUUAAAACAAAUGUACUUGUGGGUGAUUAAAUGUAAUUACUGUUACAGACUUUACAAAACCAUAGUGGUUCUCAGGCAACACAAAGUAGAAAAGAAAUUCCGUUUGUUUGUUUGUUUGUUUGUUUUUUGUUUUUUUUCAAAAACUCAAAAAGGAAACAGUCAUCCUAGACACUUGUGUCCUCAACUCCUGCCUUUCUUUCCCACCUCACCUCUCAUUUUUAGUCUACUUAAAUGGCUUUAUUUUUUUAAUUUUUAAAAUUCUCUACAAAUCAGAAGAUAACACUAACUUUACUGCUUAUACAAAAUCGUAUUCAGUCAGAUCCAGAAUAUGAAAGUUUGAUAAAAGCUCGACAUCAAAUUAUUUAUAUACUCUCUCUUUUUUCUUCUUAAUAUGAAAACCUAGAGGUUUAGCUAACAUUUUGUGUCCUGAGUGGAAAAGGGAUACAAGGAGAGAAAAAAGGUGCCAUUCUUUUUGGAACAUAUAUAAUUUUUUAAAUAAUAUGCAAAGUCCAAUAUUGUGGCAAAAGAAAAAAAAAAGACUGUUAUAUAGCUCAUUUUUUACUGUUGUGCUUGAACCUGGGUACAAUUUUUUCUUCCUUAAAAAAAAUUAAUGUAAAUGAAAUUUGAUUACCAGAUUCACAAGAAAUUUAAAAUGACCAAAGCUUUGAAAAUGUUCCCAAGCAUUAGAUUGUAUAUCAAGCAUAAAGAGAAGGCAGAGAAUGGAAAAGUUCUUACUUAAAGAUCUAGAAGCACUAGUUAAGACAACAACAACAAAAAAUCUCAUCUUCUUCAAAGCUCAAAUCCCCCUUGAAUUAUUUAUUUAUAAGCAUUAAACUUCAGUAUCUUUCCCCUAGGGGAUUACUUGACUCUGUAGUUGAGAUCAAAGGAAUAUUGACACUCAUUUUAGGUAACAUUUUGUUACCAGAUUUAGCUGAAUUCAGAGCAUUCUUGAAAAUGUGCAGAGUUUCUUCUACAGUAAAUAUAAAUGCAUUUUUCUGUAACAUCUUGGAAUUAUAACACUUUGGGUUAUACAACUCUUUACAGUGAUUUUCCCAAGGUCUUUAUUUUCAAGUCUUGAAGCCUGUGAUGAAUUAUUAGUUAAGAUACUGUAAAAAUAAAAUAAAUUUAGACAGGAGCACAGUGAAGCUGAACUAGUUUCCUAUCUUUUAUAAUCAUUAAUAUAAAAAAAUCCAGAUCUUAAUUGCUUUGUUGGAUCUGGGCAUUCUAUUGGAAAGUAUUUGUUCUUCAAGGCAACCUCGCAAUUCCCAUUAGCUGGGAAGGUAGGUGGUGUUUUAUGUAUUAGUUUAUUGUACAACCAGGAUAAAUUUCAUUUUGAUUUCCUUUGCUAAAUCAUCACAUUAACUGAGCUUUCCCAUGGCUAUGCAGCUCUUUGCAACACUAUCACAGCACAUAAAGACCCAUUCCUCGAAGCUGUGGCCUUUGGCUCAGGAGUAGGAAGUCUGUCGUGGACUUUGUGUGGUGGAAUCAACUUCAUUUCAUGACUUUUCCUCCAUAGAUACCCAUCCAGAAACAAGAAAGGGCAGAAGAUAUCUCGCUUUGUUUUUUGUAUUGAUAAUGAUGAUAGGUACCAUUUUUGAGCCAGAAUGUGUGCCACCACUGUGCUGUGACUUACAUGCAUCACUUAUAUAAGAAAUAGUUACUAAUUGUAUGAAAACUAGAAAAUACAGAUAAGCAUAAAGAAAACAAAAUAUAUAUUUGUAAAUCUGCUAGCCAAAAAUAACCACUGUUAACAUUUUGGUAAAUAUGUCUUCAGACAUUUGAUAAAUACAUAUUUAUUUCUAUAUACACCUUUAAUCCUUUCAACAACUUUGAAAGGAAGAUGCGUUAUCUCCAUUUUAUGUUGAGAUCAAGACAAAUCAGUUAGGUUGUAGCUAAGGAAAUGGUACUGUCAUCUGACUCCAGAGUUUUUUCUAUUUACCUUUCUUAGUUCCAACUCAUAAUUAGUUUCCAGAGAUUUGAGCGAGAUAUGGGGACACAGUGUCUUCCCAUCUGUCUAGGCUGUCUGAUGAAAAGGAAUGCUGAGUUAUCUUUCAUGGGGGCAUACUGUGACCUCCCGUUCAUUUUGAACCACAGGGUCUCUUUCUCCCAAUUCUCUUUAUUCUGUUCUCGUUAUUCUAUAACUGGUCUCUGAGUGCACAGGACAGCCUACUGUCAAGAAACUUUAAACAUAAGGCUAUUUUUACAUAGGUUACCUUUCAUGUUUUAAAAAAGAUUUCUGUAAAACACUUUAAAAUGUUGUUAUGCAUUUUAUUUUUGCAUUGACAUAUUUUUUUUUUAAUUCUUGGUAUGUUUUUGGUAGGAAAGUAAGUUUGUCAUAAGGACGAAGGGCAGUCAGUAUGCACUGAGAAAAUGGAACUAGGAAAUUUCAGAUUUCUAUUCGUGUUUACCAUUCAAAUCUCUUCUGUUUAAUUCUGUUGCAUUUUCAUGUAGAAGAACACAGAUUGAGAAUAUGAAUUUUUUAUUUAUUUAUAUUCUGCUUUGAUAAACCAAAUAGGAACAUUGUGACAGAUUUAGAAAACUGUUUCCUGAAGAAUGGCUUGGUAGAAAUAUAGCCAAAUUAUAGUAUCAAUUUGAGUUAGUCAAAUUAUGAAAAAUUAUCUCUAACUACCUCUAAAUUUUGUGUUUUUAUAUAAACAAUACUGAGGACAUGCUACUGCCAGAUGCCAUUUUUAUUAUUUGUUAUCAUAACUUAAAUUACCUUCAUACUGUGGCAGUGGUAAAUGCAAAAAUCAUACGUGUGUUUUAGCCGAAAUUCAGCAGGUAUUCACUACAACAGAAUGUGCUGCCUUUCCAAGCAAUUUCACAGUUCAUCCAAAAACAAAACUUUAUUUGCAAUGUUUACAGUUUAAGGUCUGGGUGAUGUCAGGUAAGAAAUUUCCCAGUGCCCCUCACAUGACUCUGGAAGUUUUGCACUAACUAAACCAAAAAUGCCAGACCCAUCCAUCAGUUUGGAUGACAAAGCUAUAUAAUCAGUCUUUUAUAUUCAUGCGAGUAACUGGCUAUUGAAAACCACAGAUGUUUGAAAAGGUUAGCAAUAUUCAAGAUGUUUAUUCUUGAGAUUCUCUUUGUUAUCUUGGUUAGUAGGGCUGGUCUGAAUAGGAUUCAUUAAUAUACAUCAGCUAUUUAAAACAUUUGUUAUUUUAUAAUUGUUUUUCCCAGUGUUAAAUUUUUCGUGUUUCACAUUCCCUAUGUUAAAUCACAUCCUCAUCUACAAAAGAAUAAUCAGAAAAUUGUCUAGUAUAAGUUGAGUCUCUUUGGUUUUUUCAAUUAGAUCAUUGUUAGCUGAAACUUUCAUCAUAUUAACCUGUCUAUGUCCUGUGACUUAGCUUCCAGACGCCAUGAAAUCAAAUGACUUCACUGAGAUGAAAAUUAAUAGUCAUAUAACAAGUAAUCGAGCACCUAGCGUACAAAGGGAGGGUACAAAGAUGGGAAAAUAGUCCCUGCUCUUAGAAUUUAUAAAGGCUACUAUAAUGUUUCAUUUCAUUUUUGAGAGCCCAGCAGAAAAACUAUGCCACUACUUUUUUUCAUAGUUUUCCAGACUUUGUACUCAUGUUAUUUAGCCAUUGAAUAUGUUUAUUUGCUAUAGAAUACGUAAUACUGGUUUGAGUAUUUUGUGGAGAAUCUUCCUUAGAGUCUGUUUUAAAAUCAGUAAGGCAAAGCCAUUUCUACAGCCAUUUUGUUCACACAAGUGUAUGCAUGCAUAGGAAUCAAUGACCAUCAUUAGUUGAAUUCUUACCAUGUACCAUAGUACUAAGUGUUUUUGUAAGCUGUUUCACUUAGUUCUCACAAUAGUCCUCUGAAGGUGGGUGUCAUUAUUUCUCUUUUCUAAAUGAGGAAUCCAGAGACAUCAAAUGGGUUGCCCAUGUCACAAUUGAUACUUAAGAACAUCAGGAUCUGAAACUAGAUCCAGACACCAUUAAGCACCAUCCUUUUCUGCUGUAGCUGCUUGUUCACAGAGUGAUUUGCUGUGCUUCCGUAGACUCUCUGAAAUGACAAAUUAUAAAUGAAACCCCUGGUGUGAUAAAAUCAUCAAUAUUCUUUCAGCUCUGAGUUGAUUGAGAGCAGUGCCAUCACCUGGCGUGUUUGUUAGCGCAUCAUUUAGGCCCUGUUAUUGCAAUUAUUUUGAGAUAGGACAUUCAGCAGAGUUUGUUUCCCCCUGGCCAUGAGAGCAAAAAUUUGUGACACUCUUUAAAGAACACUUAACUUUGUUGUAGAGGUGAGUGAGUAUGUGCACAAGGAAUUAUAUAUUUAAAAGUGAUUGCCAUUUGUUUUUACCCCAAAGAAACCAAUUUCAAGUGAGUUCCUUUUAUUCAGACAGGGAAGCGGGGAGGUUCUAGGCAGAAAGCACACCUCUCUUGAGCCCAAAAGUAAUAACUGCCAUCCACCAAAUACUAAAUACUGGUUGCCAGUCUGCCAGGGACUUUGGUCUUGCCUGCAUAUUUGGUGCCAGUAAAUUAGCUAUUUAAUAAAGUGUUUUAUUAUUUUUUAAUUAAUCAUGAUUGUUUAUAACAGAGCUUUUGGGGAAAAAUACUGUCCUUAUGAUUCUCAGAAUUAGAUUGAUUGUGAAACCAUUCAGAUUUUUUUCUAGUUUGACUAUCUCCACAGUUUAAUAUAUGAGGCAAACAGUCCCGAUUUUAACCAGGCUUUUUCUGACUGGUUUUCUUUAGUUAUAGGAAAGAUGUAUUUUGAUCUUUAUUUCUCUAAGCAAAAUAAAGCUGUAAUACUUAGCAUCUAUAAAUAAAAACUCCCUACCAUAUAAUGAAAUAAAUUUCUAAGCUUAGGGGGAAAAUCAAGGAGAGUAUACAAUAAUUUAUUGCAGUAAGAUAUUUUUUUAAAUGUUUAUUCAUGAAAAAAAUAGUUAUAACUACUAAAGAGUUAACAAGUUCUCAAUCAUUUUAAUAUAUUUUUCUUAAAUAUGCAAGAUAUAUCUCUGCACCUCCACCAUACGAUAUGGUGCAGAUAGUUACUUAUUAAGAAACACACCAUAGCAAGGGCACCCUCAAUUGUUUUUUAUAUGUUUUUUUCUUAAUGCGUGGUAGUCAGACAUUGCUUCUCUUCUCCUCUUGGAGUUACCUGAGAUGAUAGGAAUACAUAGCUUUUUAUAUGGCCAAGUAAUACAACUAGGAUGAUUUUAAGAGAUCCUUGCCAUAGAAUAUAACUGAGAUAAAGAAAUACACUGCAUGUCAUUCUGUUGAUGGGUGGUAUAUUUCCAAUUAUAUAAAAGAAAAGGCGGGGGGUGAUAUUGGUAAACUGCCAACAACUUUGAUUUUACUUUUUUAAACAGAAAGAUAAUCAAAGUUUCUUAUUGACCAAUUUAUAAAUUUGGGCCUGCCAAAGCUGAGGGAAGGACCUGAUAUGGUAUUGAAGAUUGCAUUAUUUUUAAACUGAGUUUUUAUGUAAACCAUGACCUAAUUCAAUUAGAGUAUUAAGUUAGAAUACUAAUUUGGUUCAGAAUAUUAAUUAAACCAUCAUCUUUAUUGAAUUAUAAUCAUAGAGACUGGACCUGGAAAGGACCAAAGAGAUCAUCUAGCCCAGUGAUUUUCAGUACUACGAAGAGUGAGAGUCACCAUUCUCUUGAGGGAAGGGAGCAUGAGGUCAGGGAGAUGGAAAUUGCAAAGGGAAUGCAUCAUGAAACAUAGGUUUCCCAGGAAUUCUCACCUUCCCUAUCCUCCUUACCUUCCUACUUUGAGACUCACUAGACCGAAUGAGCUAUUACGUAUGUCUUUUACACAUCUUCAGGUAUACUGGGCUUUAAUAUAGGACUGGAAACAUCUAAUCUAACCCACCCUCCUCUUUUACAGAAGAGGAAAACAGCCCCAGACAGAUUAGAUGAAUGCCCAGGUGCAUGCACCUUGUCAGAACCAAGACUAGAGCCCAGGCAUCCUGACUUUCAGUCCAUAAACAGUGUUUAGGGAGGAAAAACAAUGCUAUAUUCCUCCUGAGUUAGAAAGGAUAUCCUUGUUUUCAAAAUGGUAAAAAUGUUAAACCCUCAAUCAAGUUUCUAUUAGGAGUACAUUCAAGCCGCCAGUGUUCAAGUAGGCUUUUUAUUGAAUGUGAAUUUUCACUAUUCAUUGCAUGUGAAUUUUCACUUUUCAUUGUGUAGUAUUAUAUCUUGAUUUUAGCAACUUCUUUUGAAAUUUGAUGGGAUAAUCUCCAAAUGUCAUCUUCCACCUUUUUAUUUUAAUGAACAUCUCUUAGCCUACCCCAUCUAUAUUUAGUUUUCAUUUAUGGAGAGGAAACGAACUAUAGUUUUCAGGUAUAAGAAUUCCAGUUAUAGGUUAUAAACUAAAAAGUAACUAAAAAUUUUUCAUAUUCAUUUGAAUAUCCAGCUACAUAGCAUCUAUGUUAUUGGUUUUGAAUGUAGUCUGUCAUAUCCCUUUUUAGUAUAUGGAGAGUUUAAAAAGUCAUCUUGAAGGUUUCGGGCAUAUCUUCAAUCAAAAUGAUCAAAUUUCUAUCGACAUAAUUAGAAUUUUUCUGACAUGAAUUUAUUUAGAGAUAGGAAGGGGACAGAAAAUGGGAACUAUGAAAGUGACCUACAGCAGGAAGAUGUAGAAAUACAAAGUAUUUGUAAAUUCUCAUAUUAUCUUGCUUUCUCUUCUAAAAAGGAAUUCAAGCAUAAAGAUAAAAACAUUUUAUAAUUUUGUAAUUUACAGGUUAUACUUAAUCAUAGUUGAAGAAAAAAGGUGAAAUUCUAGGAUAUUAAAAGGUACAAUGAAACUUUGUCUUUUGAAUGAAAUGUUGAAUUUUGCUAGGUUUCUAAUGUUUUUUUGUUUUUGUUUUGUUGUAUUACACUGGAAUUAGCAUUUUCACCAUGAUACAUUCAUUUCAAAGAGCUUUGAAAUUGGCUAAUUUAUUUAUUUGUGGUAGGCAGAAUUAGGAAGGCAUCAGCAAUAUAGACUCCUAACAGUAAUUGUGCAUACUGUAUUUAAGUGAUUUUUAUGCCUGUUUACUUUCUGUAAUUCUUACAUUUUAUAAAUCAAAUACCUUAGUAUACUUCCACUAGAAAAUAAUUUAUAAUUGAUUAUUUGUACUGGAUGAAGUAGCAGGUUCAUUUUAGUAUUAAUCCACUGAGAUUAACUUUAUCCGACUGAACUUUUAUAUCUAUAAUCCAUUAUAUUACAACUUUUUAAAUAGCAUUUAUAACAAAGAACUUUUGUUUUAUAAAGUAUUUGUUACAAAAAUAAUCUUGCCAAAAACCAUUACAAUUUCUAUGCAUUGUGUAAUAUUCAGUGAUGUCAUUGUUGAAAUUUUGCAUGUUAUUGUAGGGUGCUCUUUCAUAUGUGUGUUUGUGGUGUUUACGUGGAAUUGUUAUCCAUUGCUGCUAUCCAUUAUCGUAGUUGAACUGACAAACUGUGCUAAGAGGCUGUGCCAGUCAACAUUUUAUGUGUGAUUUGUGGAAUUAUGUACUUAGUUGUUGAAUAUUUCGAGCCAGCACUUAGUGUCCUCUACAGGAGGAAAUACUGCUUUUGUCAAGUAGUGCCAACUUCACAAUCUUGUUUCAUAGAUAUGAUUCCAGGUAGCUUUUCUCCUCGCUGUCUCCAGCUCUUUGAAAGGGAAGCAUUUGCAAAAAGAGAAAGCAAGAAUUCUGAACUUUUCCGGUAUACCUCCCCCACCUUAAAUCUUUUUUUUUUUUUUUUCUAAUAAUUGAGCACCUUUCAGAGAAAUCCAAUAGAAUAACAAUGUAGCAGCAUAAUUUCCUUUGAUCAGCAUAUUUUUAGGUUGAACAAUGUAAUAACAGAGGACUAGGAGGUACAUACAUUAUUUUUGUUGGUUAUCAUGGCUUAUUUAAAUUGUAUUUAAUAAGAAUAUUUAGUUUUUAAAUUACAUAUAUAAGGGGCCAUAGAAACCUCAGAGUUCCCAAAUAUUAAUUUUAUAUUCAGCAUUCGCAUGAAUUUAUUUAACACAUUUGGUUGCCUUAUGACCAUCAGAUUUUUUUCAUGCCCAUGUGUCUUUAGCUUGGUUUCUAGUAUUUCCGUUUUAUCUCAGCAAUUCUAAACUCUGCAAGUAAAGAGAAAAUUAUUUCAAUGAAUUAAUUCUACCAUUCUACUUGUUAAAAUUCAACAUGAGAGAAAAAUCAACAUACAUUUAUACUCUUAAAAUAGAAGAGUAACUGUCAUAAAUUUAAGAAAAGAAGGCUACUUCCUUAAGAGCCUUUUUACACCAACAUGCCAAAAUUCCUCAGUCAGUGCAGGGUUUCAUUCUGUCUGUUCAAUGGGUUUAUAAUUAUAAGAUUCCUUUAAUAAAGGGAUAAUCUCCUGGUUUAUAUAGAGGCUUUUUGUGUGACUGUCAGAUACACGGCAACAGCCAAUGCUGUAUUUGGAAACAUUGCUGCUGAAAUUGCUGAUUUAAUUCUAAGAAUAUUAAAACUAAUUCAUCAAGGCCCCUGCUUCUUCUUUUCUUAAAGGAAAAGAAAGGCAGAUCUUAACUGUGAGCUUUUCUCCAGAAUACGUUUUAAACAUUUGCCCUUCAAGGAAGGUAAUAAAGCAAUAAAAGGAAAUUCAAUUAUGCGUAUUCUAAAGAAGUUCUGCCCUUGUCCCGUGGCCUCCACAGUAACACUGAAGUAUUUCUUGAUUCCUGCGUCGGGAGUUUGCAGACAAGGCCUUUGUACUUAGAAUUCCUUUUAUAUUUUGGACACCAAAGAUGAUGGCAUGAUAUAUUCUGACGAUUAAUUAACAGUUUCGGUUAGAUAAGCAGUGGGCACAUUUAUUUGAAUCCUGCUCUUGGAUUUAUUUACCCCCUUUGGGUCUUCUGUACAUUUUGUAUGUCUGUCCUGAGGCCUUUUUUGCCUAGGGCGACUUUUUAAUCAAAUAAUGCAUAUAUAUUUAUUAGGUUUCUAAUUUAUAGAGUCUGUUUCCACCGUGACUUUAAACUUUUUUUCACUGCUAAUGUUAGACAUGGAUUUUCCAGAUUAGCCCCGUGGUGAGCAAUAAUAGCUUGUACCUUUUUCAUUGUGAUCUGAAAAUGUCACUGUAACCCUGUAGGCUGAAACCUGGUGAGGGAAUGACUGGAAGCGUUUUGGAUUCAAGGGAAUCACUGUAUAUGACUCAUUCAUCCGUUUAAAUGAAGGACUCUGGUGGUUUAGUAGAAUGAAUGCCGUGUCCAACUUAAGGUCUUCCAUCUUUCUUACAGAUUAUGAGAAUGAUUGUAAGGUUCCUUGUACUCUACCACUGGGAAGUUAAUUGGGAAUAAAAAGGUAGAUUUAUCAGUUUUGUCAGUAUAAUUUAAUACCAGGCAUCUUUUUAGAAAUAUAACCACUAAAAAUAACACUUAGAAAAAGUUUAUGAAAAAAUAGAACUGUCCUUUAAAGAUGCAUUUACUUUGCCCACUACUUGAUAGAUUGUCACUUUUGAUACAUUUUCUGGCCACUUGGCUUUUAACUAAUUGACAUGAAAAAAGCACACGUGUGCCUGUUCACGCUAAUCAUAUUUAAAAAUUCUCAAGCUGCUACAGUUAUAAUUUGCGAAAGAGGAGAAAAGGUGAAUUGAAAUGGAGAGAAAUUUCUGUUAAGAUGUUAAAAUAUGUGAUUGUGAUACUCUUGGUUAAUAUUCUGCCAGGUGAUAUUUGUAAUAUGAUAGAACUUUUUUGUUAAUAAGAAUAUUCUCUUGGUUUCAUUUUUAUUUUGCUGCUCACUGAUCUUUUACACUGAGAUGUUUUCAUCUUUAUCAGCUCACUGUUUCUGCUUCAUAUUUGUCUAUGUACUUGUGCUCUAAAUAAAAUACUAGUACUGUGUCCCAAUGGUCUAUUCCAUUGUGUGUAUAAUGUUUGCCUCUAAUGUAAGUGUAAUUUUCUCUUGUUUUUAAUAUUUGUUGGUACAGCCUAAAACUUAUGGAAAUAAGAAAAACAAUCCAAUAAAAUCAGCUAAUGAGUGUCA